GUCGGUGUGGCGGUUCAAGAAGACCCGUACCCAUUUCUCUGCGUCAGUUCGGUUGUUCUCCGUAGGUCAUGGAUGUGGCGGCUGGCGAAGCUUCUGCCGCCCGCACCGCCGUCCUGUUAACCGGGGGCGGCUCCGUGUGCCCACCCCGGGAGGCCCAUCCGGCGGAACCCAAGGAUGGCGGCACGAAUCCGACAAGCCGAGGCGAGGUCGGUUCUUGUCAAGUAGCAACGAAGCCUCUAUCCGACGCGGACGAGCACAGGGGAAGGGAGGCGGAGGUGUCGUUGUUGGAUGAGAGCAAAUUUGACGUGAAUCUCCAGCUCUGGUCUCUCCGGAUUCCACGGGAACAUUGCACGUCCGUCGGCCGCCUCCUCCACGGAUAUAUGCUGGACAGAGCUCGUAUCAAACCCAUUGUUGAGGAUCCAACUAGUGAGAAAAAUCGUCUUGUCAUACUAUCUGAAAAGAUACAAAAUUCUGAUUUAUCUGAAAUUCCAAGUCAUGUGUUGGAUCCCCUAAAGGGUCUAUGCAACAUUGAAGCAGUGCCAUAUUCAUUAACACUAGGAUAUUCAUAUUGGGGUGCAGAUCAUAUUUUAAAGCAAAUACUACCCCAUGGAAUGGAGGUACCAACUUCCUUUGAAACAGUAGGACAUGUUGCUCAUCUGAAUUUGACAGAAGACCAACUUCCUUAUAAGGAUGUCAUCGCAAAGGUUAUAUAUGAUAAAAAUCAGCCAAUAAUUCAAACUGUGGUGAAUAAAAUUGGAACCAUUACAAAUGAGUUUCGAGUGCCAACUUUUGAAGUUCUAGCAGGAAAAAGUGAUAUGGUCACUGAAGUAAAGCAGUAUGGUGUUACAUUUAAACUUGAUUAUAGCUUGGUCUAUUGGAACUCGAGACUUGAACAUGAACACAUUCGCUUGGUUUCAUUGUUCCAAAGAGGAGAGACAAUUUGUGAUAUGUUUGCUGGAAUAGGUCCUUUUUCCAUUCCAGCAGCACGAAAAGGUUGCCAUGUAUAUGCAAAUGACUUAAAUCCUGAUAGUGUUCAUUAUCUACGGAUUAAUGCAAAUAUUAACAAGGUAGAGGACCGUGUUUUUGCAUAUAACAUGGAUGCAAGGGCUUUCAUGCACCAUGUAAUGACAGUGCCCGAUUCUGAUGGUAUGCAAAAAACUGGAGAAGCUGUUUCAAAUGAAGAUCAUUACCACAAAUUAGCAACCGAUGAAAAAGAAGUUGUUACCCUAGAAAUGCUCAAUGCUGGAAAAGAUAAUCAAGAUUCUGUAAAUGGGUCAUCUGUAAAAAAAAAAACUGCUGUUAAAAGACAGCUGGACAAGGCUAGCGAAGUGUUUCAGGGAAAUAGGAAUACCAACAAGAGAAUCAGAGGCUUCCAUUUAACAGUGUUUAGGCCAUGGGAGCAUGUUGACCAUGUAAUCAUGAAUCUUCCAGCUUCUGCUUUGGAUUUUUUAGGUGUCUUUAAGGGCCUUAUUCAAAGGGAACACUGGAGGGGGUCUUUACCUUGGAUACACUGCUAUUGCUUCAUUCGAUCAACUGAAACCAAAGAAUCAAUAUUAUCUAAAGCAGAGUCUCUUUUGAGUACUAAGAUUGCAGACCCAAUUUUCCAUCGGGUCAGGGACGUUGCCCCCAACAAGGCUAUGUUCUGUUUAAGCUUCAAGCUACCAACAGAGACCUGUUGCCGAGAUGUUAAUAACGUUGGUGCUGAAUGAAAUAGCUUGAUAUGGAUAAAAUAACUAUAUAAUGAGUAAACUUUGCCGGAGAUGUAUCAGCGCCCAACGGAAGUUUGACAGUAUUGAACUAUAUACCAGCUUUAUAGUGUCGGAUGUAUCUUUGACUAUAACUAUGAUUGGAAAACCAUGAAUUCUAACCUAGACAAGAGGAUAUCGCUUAAACAUCUGAUUUAGCUUUAUUUUGUGUGAAUUGAGGAAGGAAAGGCAGACAUGAAAUGUUUCUGUGACUGUUGACAGGAGUAUAUCACUUAAACAUCUGAUUUUUAGCUUUAUUUUGUGUGAAUUGAGGAAGGAAAGGCAGACAUGAAAUGUUUGUGACUUUUGAGAAGAGUGUAUCACUUAAACUUCUGAUUUAGCUUUAUUUUGUGUGAA